UCCUGCAGGGUGGCAGCUGAAGGACCCCGUGUGUCUGUCUGACUGACUGGGGGAAAAAAUCCGCUAAUGUGUGUCUGUCACCGCCGCUUUAUUCAUCAAAAUCGGCUUUCGCCCCUUUAAUUCGACAGGAUUCCUCUCAGAACCGGACAGUAAUCGCGCAGUCAGCGGCGGAAGCUCUGUUUUACUCAUUUUAUUUAUAUUCACUCGGAGAUUCGCGCGAUCAAACAAACAGUUGAGUCCGAACCGAACAUGAGCGCUCUGGAGACUCUGGAUCGAGUGGAGCUGUGUGAAAGUCUCCUGACAUGGAUCCAGACGUUUGGUGUGGAGGCGCCAUGUUCGACAGUAGACGAGCUGACCAGUGGACUGGCCAUGGCACAAGUCCUGCAGAAAAUUGAUGUCAUUUAUUUCACUGACGCUUGGAUCAGUCGUAUUAAAGCUGAUGUUGGAGACAACUGGAGGUUAAAGAUCAGCAAUUUAAAGAAAAUAUUGAAAGGUAUUCUGGAUUACAACCAUGAGAUUUUGGGGCAGCAGAUCAAUGAUUUCACUCUUCCAGACGUCAGUCUCAUCGCAGAACAUUCAGAUGCAGCUGAACUGGGCCGAAUGCUGCAGCUCAUCCUGGGCUGUGCUGUUAACUGUGAACAGAAACAAGAAUAUAUCCAGACCAUCAUGAUGAUGGAGGAGUCGGUCCAGCACGUGGUCAUGACCGCCAUCCAAGAGCUCAUGAGCAAAGAGACGCCCGUGUCUGCAGGAAACGACUCGUAUGUGGAUCUGGACCGGCAGUUGAAGAAGACGGUGGAGGAGCUGAACGAUGCUCUGGCCACUAAAGAGGAGAUCGCUCAGAGAUGCCAUGAGCUCGACAUGCAGGUGGCGGCUCUACAGGAGGAGAAGAGCAGUCUGCUGGCGGAGAACCAGGUGCUGAUGGAGCGGCUCAACCAGUCGGACUCCAUCGAGGAUCUGAACAGCCCGGCGGGACGCAGACACCUGCAGCUUCAGACGCAGCUGGAGCAGCUGCAGGAGGAGACCUUCAGAUUGGAGGCGGCUAAGGACGAUUAUCGCAUCCGCUGUGAGGAGCUGGAGAAGGAGCUGCUGGAGGUCAGAGGUCAGAACGAGGAGCUGACCUCUCUGGCAGAGGAGGCGCAGUCGCUCAAAGACGAGAUGGAUGUGCUGAGGCACUCGUCUGAUAAGGUGUCUAAGCUGGAGGCGCAGGUGGAGGCGUACAAGAAGAAGCUGGAGGAUCUGGGCGAUCUGAGGCGGCAGGUGAAGCUGCUGGAGGAGAAGAACACCAGCUACAUGCAGAACACCGUCACGCUGGAGGAAGACCUGCGCAAGGCCAACGCCGCACGAGGACAGCUGGAGACCUACAAGAGACAGGUGGUGGAGCUUCAGAACAAGCUCUCGGAGGAGUCCAAGAAAGCCGACAAGAUGGAGUUUGAGUAUAAACGAGUGAAGGAGAAAGUCGACUCGCUUCAGAAAGAGAAAGACCGGAUGAGAACGGAGCGAGACUCUCUGAAGGAGACCAUCGAGGAGCUUAAGUGUGUCAAAGCUCAAGAGUCUCAGCUGACCUCAGGUUUGGUGCCGCUGUGCAGUAACGAGCCGUCUGAUUCGCUGGCUGCAGAAAUCAUCACACCAGAGAUUCGGGAGCGUUUGAUUCGCCUGCAGCACGAGAAUAAGAUGCUGAAGCUGGCUCAGGAGGGCUCUGAUAACGAGCAGAUCGCGCUGUUGCAGAGUUUACUGGAGGACGCCAACAGCAGGAAGAAUGAGCUGGAGACCGAGAACAGGCUGGCCAAUCAAAGGCUGCUGGAGGGUCAGUCUCAGGUGGAGGAGCUGCAGAAGUCUCUUCAGGAACACGGAUCCAAAGCAGAUGAUACGGUGUUAUUGAAGAGGAAGCUUCAGGAACAUCUAGAGAAAUUAAGGGAUGCCACUAACAAGCUUCAGGAGAAGAGCUCAGAGAUCGAAGAGCUGGAGAACAAACACAGUUCCAGCGCUCAGAGGAUUGAAGAGCUGGAGGACGCGCUGAAGAAGAAAGAUGAAGAUAUGAAACAGAUGGAGGAGAGAUACAAGAAAUACCUGGAAAAAGCCAAGAGCGUCAUCCGUACGCUGGACCCCAAACAGAAUCAGGGUUCUGCUCCUGAAGUUCAGGCCCUGAAGAACCAGCUGCAGGAGCGCGAGAGGAUGCUGCACUCGCUCGAGAAGGAGUACGACAAGACAAAGUCUCAGAGAGACCAGGAGGAGAAACUCAUUGUAUCUGCCUGGUACAACAUGGGAAUGGCUCUGCAGAAGAAGGCGGCGGAGGAUCGGUUGGCCAGCACCGGCUCGGGUCAGUCCUUCCUGGCCCGGCAGAGACAGGCCAACAGCACCAGACGGUCGUAUCCGGGCCACGUGCAACCCACCGGAGCCAGGUAGAGCGUCACCAUGGCGACCUCAGCACAGCCAAUCAGGACGCCCGACUCCACCCCUUAAUGUCCUCUUCCUCCUCUCAGCCCAUCUGAUGAAUCAGGGUCUCUGGACGCUCCUGCUCGCUUUAAUUAUAUCAGCAUUAAUUAAUCAACACACUCCCAACAAACGUGUGAUUUCCCAUCGGACACUUCUUAAAGGAGGCUUUGCAGUAUUUUAAGGGUUAUUAUUGACGCACAGGAGACUUUUGAGUGUUUUUAUUUGCUACACGUUACGUUGAGUCUUUAACCUGUCCUCUUUAUUAUCUAUGCAUUGAAAGAGCUACAUGUUGCACCAUAUGUUUGUAUCUUGUGUAGGUCGUCGUGACAUUUAAAGGCGCUUCCUGUUGUUUGUUUUUGUUGAUUCAUUCCCGAUGCCUUAAUACAGACUCACAGCUGCUGUCAAUCACUGUCAUCUGUCGCGUCUGCUGUCGUCACGAGUCGUGCGUCUGUCCUUCAGUUCUGCGAAACAUGACGCUCUUCCUCAGUAGCACAAACUCACUUCAUUUUGAUUCAUUUUUCAUUGAUCAAGUCUUAAUAUCUUCAGUCAUUUCUCUUCUCCAGUAAAUGUAUCUUGAUUUAAGAAUGUUUAGAUAUUUGUGCUGGAAAACAAGACAGAAACACUGAGGAAGAACAUGAUUUUUGCAGGCCAAAUAUUUAAAAAAUAAAAACAAUAACUCUGAUGUUGAAGCAGGCGUGUUGGACGAGGAACCGCGACUCUCCAGUGACGCUCAGCGGACGCUUGCUGCUGAAUCUGUGACUGACACCUGUCAAUCUCUCUCUUUCACAGUGAUGUUAAAGCAUGAGUGGCAGGGGGCAGGGCUGCAUGACAUCAGGGGGCGGGGCUGCAUGACUGACAGUGAUUUGAGCAGUUUAACCCAUCGCUGCACACUAACUAACCCAUGCUGUCCCAGAAUGCUCUGGUCUUGCGUGCCGAUCAGAAGUGGGCGGGGCCGGCGCGUGUCAAUCAUCAGGCAGAAGAGCGCGAGCUUUGACUGUUACACAUUAAAGACGGAUGGAAAUUGCUCUGAUGUUCCUCACAUCUGUUUAGUUGCUUUGAUCAUUGUUUCAGUAUUUUCUGUAGUUUAUAUGAACAAACGAGCCUCUUCAUCGUCAUCACACUGCAUCAUCAGCCAUUAUAAUGAAUGACGGAGGACCCGAACCGUAUCUGUUACCCAUAGUGUUGAACUCUAUUUAUUUGAUGCUGAAUCAGUAAGUGCUUUUGAUGAUUCUGACACAAUGUUACAAACUGCUGCAGUAAAUCUUCUGCUUUUCUUCAUCAGCUGUUACUAAAUAUUCCCGUAACGCACAGCGAUUGCCGAACAAGACGGACGCAUGUCUGCGAUCCGUAUCUAGUGUUGUUUUUAACAGGUGAUUGAUUGAAUGUUUGAGGCUUUCUGAUCACUGUGGACUUGAGUUCAGAGGUUAAACGCUAAAGGUCUCUCACAACCGUCCAUGAGCAGACAAACGCCUCAAACCGAGGGAAACAGUCGUGAUCUUGCUGUGUGAGAUUGAUUUGAUCAGAACUUUCAUCUGAAGUAGCAAACAUUCAUUCCAUUUGCCAAGUUUUAUAUUGCUUGUAUACAAUAUGUACAUACUGUAUGUGUGCGACGCUGGAGGAACGUUCAGCAGUUCAUGACGAGAACCGAUUAGAUGCGUUUCAUAAUGUGUCUCCAUUGAUGAACUUGUGCUUCCGACGCUGCAAAACUGUACAGUUGUUAUUCAAGUUGUAAAUAAAGCUUGUAUAAAACAUUCAUGUUUCAAAA